AUGUUCAUCGAGGAAGUACUAAUUGAUGGGUUUAAGUCUUAUGCUCGAAAAACAACAAUAGGGAAAUUUGAUAGUAAAUUUAAUGCCAUUACUGGGUUAAAUGGUUCAGGAAAAUCAAAUAUAUUAGAUGCCAUUUGUUUUGUAAUGGGUAUUCAGAACUUAUCAUUAGUUCGUGUACAGACUUUACAAGAACUAAUAUAUAAAUCUGGACAAUGUGGUGUCACAAAAGCUACUGUUACAAUUAUAUUUAAUAAUAAUGACAAAGCAAAUAGUCCUACAGGUUAUGAAGAGUAUGACCAAAUCACUGUUGCAAGACAAAUUACUGUUACAGGAAAAAAUAAGUACAUGUUGAAUGGAAAAGUAUUACCACAAUCCCAUAUUUUAACAUUCUUCAGAGCAAUUGGACUGAACGUCAACAAUCCUCACUUUCUUAUAAUGCAAGGAAAAGUUGUUAAAGUACUUAAUAUGAAACCGAUGGAAAUCUUAGCUAUGGUAGAAGAAGUUACAGGAACUAAAAUGUAUGAAACAAAACGAGCAGAAGCAGUAAAAGUCCUAGAAAAAAAAGAUUCUAAAUUAAAGGAAAUAGAUGAUAUCCUCCGAGAAGAAAUCACUCCGUCUAGAGAAAAAUUGAAGAAAGAUGCAGAGGCUUUAGUAAACUUAAGAAAUAAGAAGGCAGCUUCUGAGAACUUAGAAAUGAAGAUCCAUGCCUUUGAUUAUUACCGAGCAGAAAAAAAAUUUAAAGACUUAAAUGAAGAAAUCAAAAUUCUAGAGGGUGAAAUUUCAAACAAUAAAAAAUUAAUUGAAAAAAUGAGAGAUGAAAUCGAGGGAAUGGCUGAAGAUUUAGGAGAACAAAUUUUAAACACUGAUGAAAAGGAAAAAGAGGCAACAAAAAUCGAUGAAGAGGUUGAGGUCAUGAAAACAAGAAAUGAGGCUAACAAAGAACGAGAAAAAAACCUCAAUAACAAAAUUGAAAAGAUUAAGAGAGAUAUUAAAAGAGUUCAAGAAGAUGAAGGAGAAAAUGAUGAACGAUUAAUUAGAGAAAAGGAAUGGAUAGAAAAGAAGGUUGAAGAAUUAGAAUUAAGACUAGGAAAAAUGAAUGGACUCAGUCAAUCAGAAGAUAUCAUUGGAGGAAUUACUAUUUCGAUGAAAAAAGUUCGUAAAGAAUGUGAAGACCUCAUUCGGCAAAAACAAAAACCAAUUCCAGCCAAAGUAAGUAAAGAGGAAACUGAAUCUACAAUAAAAGAAAUUCUUAAUGAAGAAAAAAAUUUAGAGUACCAAUGUAACGAUUGGAACGGUUCAAAUGAAAUUGAGUCUGAACUAUACGAUUUGGAACAAGACCUUGAAAAAAAAAGAAGAAGGUUUGAAGAGGCAAAUAGAAAAACAAAUUUUAGUUUUAGAUAUUCUAUGCCAAGUGCUGACUUUGAUAGAAACCGUGUAAAAGGUCUUAUAGUCACUUUAUUUACUCCAAAAGAAAAUAAGUAUUCUACAGCACUUGAGAUUGCAGCAGGACCAAAAAUUUUUCAUGUUGUUGUUGACAGUGAUAUUACAGCUUCCUUACUGGUUGAAAAGAAAUGUUUAAAGAAACGAAUGACAUUCAUUCCAUUAAAUAAGAUUGCUCCACAAAUGCCAAAUUUGAAUCAAAUUAAACAAGCAAAAGAAAUUGGUGGAAAUAAGAUUCAGUAUGCUUUAGAUGUAGUUCAGUGUGAAACAGAAUUUUAUCCAAUUAUGAAAUAUGUGUUUGGAAAUGUCCUUAUUGCAGACGAUGCUGAAACUGCAAAAAAAGUUUGUUUCAACCCAAGGGUCAUGAUGAAAACAGUUACAAUAUCUGGUGAUUUGUAUGAUCCAUCUGGCAUUUUAACAGGAGGCAGUAAACCUAAGAGUUCAGGUUUUUUGGAUGAAAUUAGAAGACAAAAUGGGUUGAAAAAAGAAUGGGAAGAUUGCCAAAAAGUGAUAAAUGAAAAGAAAACCCAACUUGCCCAGUUCCAAGAGAUAAAAAGAAUAAGAGAAAAUUUACAACUUGUUAGAGAACGCAGAAAGAGGGCAGAGCUUGAGCUUGAAGAAUUAGAUAGGCAGAAUGAAGAAAGAGAAAAAAUAAUAAAACAAAGAGAAAAACUGGAACGAAUGAUCCAAGAAAAAGAAAAAGAAUUGGCAGACCUUACUAAUAGAAGAGAAGAAGCAAUAAACGAGAGAAAGAGGAUAGAAGUGGGUCAAGGAGAAGUUGUUAAAAAAGAGUUACAAAAUAAAAUAAGAGAAGAAAAAGGAAAAUUGGAUAGAAUAAGCAAAGAAAUUAAAAGAGCAGAAGAACAAACUCGAAAAAGGGAAAUUGAAAAGAUGAAGAUAGAAGACUGGGAAAAAGAAAAGGCUGCAAACGAAAAGGAACUGAGUAGUCUUAUCUUGGAACGUGAUGGUAUAGAGCAUGAAAUUAAAGUAAAAGAAAAGAAACUUGAAGAGCUUAAAAGAGAGGUUAAAGAAAUUAAAAUAGCAAAUUCAGAGAAAGUUAGAAGAGUAAAAGAAAUGAAUGAACAAAAACAACUUAAGGGAAAAAAGAUUGGAGAAAAAGAAAACGAGCUUAAAAGAAUUACAAAAGAAAAAGAAAAAAAAGACGAAGAGAUAAAACAUGUUGGAGAGACAAUAAGAGUAUUCGAGAAGAAAUAUCUUUGGAUUAAAACGGAGAAACAACAGUUUAAUAAGAAAGGAAGUAUUUUUGAUUUUAGUACAUUCAAUAUCAAUUCAGCAAGAAAAGAAUUAGCAGAAAUAGGAAAAGAACAAAUAGAAAUUGAAAGAAGUGUAAAUAAGCAAGUUGUGAUACACCAACAAAAAGUUGAAGAUGAGUACAAAGAUUUAAUGACUAGAAAGCAUAUUAUUGAAACGGAUAAAGAUAAAAUUGUUAAAGUAAUUAAUGAUUUAGAUGAAAAAAUGAAAGAUGCUAUACAAGAAGCAUAUGAAUUUGUGAAUGUUAAAUUUGGAUCAAUUUUUAGUUCAUUACAUCCAGGUGCAUCUGCAAAAUUAGUCCCUUUUGAUGGACAUUCUAUUUUCAAUGGAAUAGAAGCACGAGUUAGAUUAGGAGAUAUGUGGAAAGAAUCAUUAAUAGAAUUGUCUGGUGGGCAAAAGUCAUUAUUGGCACUGUCACUUAUUCUUGCUAUUUUAUUGUAUAAACCAUCACCACUUUAUAUUCUUGAUGAAGUUGAUGCUGCUUUAGAUGUAUCUAAUACACAAAACUUUGGAGGUAUGUUGAGGGAACAUUUUAAAGCAUCACAGUUUAUUGUUGUAUCAUUAAAAUCAGGAAUGUUUGAUAAUGCUAACAUUUUGUUUAAUACCAAAGUUAUCAACAACAUUAGUAGUGUUACUAGAACAAUUGGAACAGCAUUAAAACAUAAAAAGAAUAAAGAAAUGGAAGAAGGUGAUUGA